AUGUACUCAUAUGUACUGCUUGCCGGCGGCUCUCAUGUGCUGGAUAUGUUUCAGUGGAAGUGCAAGAAGGCGGACAAAGGGUGCAGCUUUGCCUGCUGGACAUUGUUUCAGAUCGAGGAAGCCCGUCCCGCUUCGGCAAGAGCCAUUUCCAAUCAGCCAGAGGUGUGGUCUCAUCAGCAAACAUAUUUUAAUAAUAGUUCCGAGAUAUAUGGACAAGAAACUAUGUUUGGUAAGGCACCCGAGAGGUCAAGGAGACCAACAUUUCAUGCAAAGUCGUCUAAACAGUACCCCACCUCCGAAGGACAACAACAACAACAACAACAAUAA